CGUUAUGCAAAAUUUUUAUAUCCUUUUUGUUUUUAUUCCAUGGACGAUACUAAGGCACAUUUUGAGCCACAGUUCUAUUCACAACAAACAAGUGCAAAACCCAAAACAAUCAGAAGUUCAUAUUGAAGCAAUAUUUUGACGACAAUGGUAUCAACAACGGAUUCCUUUAUAAUGUUUUCCGACAGUAAUGGAUUUUUUGGAGAUUCCUGGGACACAAGAUCUGCGGCAGCCACGGGGGGCACCUCUGUCGAACCAAAGCAAAGCCAAGCGGUAGAGGACAAAUCGGCGGUGUGGAUGUCAAAGGAUGUCUUUGGCGGAGAUAUUUGGAGCGCAGACCCCUGGGCAGAAACCGGCAACAAAAAGAACAAGAACAAGAAUAAGGAUAAAGCGAAGAAGAACAGAGUGGUCGAGAAAGCUACGGCUGCCAUCAUGAAAUCCUGCGCAAUCGCUGAUUUGGAGGAAGGGAAGGAGGACCAUCGAGAGGAGAACGGAGAAACAUACACUAUCCGUCGAGACAUCCGACGUUUCGACGAGAAGAAUCGAUCGUCGUCGAGGGGACGACGACGAAGAAGAAACGAGGCGCGCGGUCGCGAGAACAGCACCAGCGAUGACAACAAGACCAGAUCAUCCUCUAGGGGACUCGACGGACGACCGAAGCGAAUGCUGACUUCCGAGGAGGUUCGGUCAAAACGACGUAGCCGGAGCAGUAGCAACGGGCCAAUUGAUGGCAGUGGCAGAAGAGAUAGGUCCCGAUCGGUGUCGAGAAGAGCAACGACAGAAGAGGCCGCCGAUCCAGAGAGGGCGACGACGUCGUCGCCGUCAAACCAAGACAGCGGUGCAAACAAACAAUCACUUCCAGUCGUUUCCAAUCACAUAAGCUAUGGGAGAAGUACGAGUGGGAACAGCCAACACAUACGAACUCGAAGUCAAUCGAGGUCUGUGGGUAGAGGUAGGAGGAGCGUACCACAAGAGUCCAGCAAAAGCCAACACCGACCCCGAAGCCAAUCGAGAUCUCGAACUAGAAAUAGUAGCGCCAAAAAUCUCAACGAGCAUUGCUCACUAGCUCCGUUUGAUGACGAAUUGCCGAAACGAACAGUAAGCCUUCCUAGUUCUCGAUUGCUAACCGCAAAGCCAAGAUCAAAGAAAGAAAGUUCUCCUGUAUCUUAUCUUUCCAAAAAGGAUCAAAAGCGGGUCUACGGAAUCGUAUCAGAAUCCGAUCUUCGCCGUUCAAGCGUCAAAUCCGCUCUGGACAAGUUUCUGAGCGACCACGUCGACGAUGAUGGCGAUUUUACAGUGGCCUCCGAGCCCCCAACGAAAACGAGAUUGGCGAGAACCAGCCACCAUGGCAAAUCCACCGAUGGCCGUCGCUAUCCAAGUGGAAACCGAUCGGUCGCAUCGGAACCGGCGGUACCAUCGAACCGCAGCGACCGAGACCCAUUGUCGGUUAGACGUGGGCUGAACCGACGGAGUGCUCAUAGAUCCAGGAGCAUCAGCCGCGAUCCUCUUCGUCGAACGUUAGAGCGGAACAGCAGCCAGCGAUCGCUGAUUGAACGGAGCGGCAGUCAGCGAUCGCUGAUAGAAAGGAGCGGUAGUCAGCGAUCGCUGAUAGAACGGAGUGGCAGCCAGAGAUCGCUGAUAGAACGGAGUGGCAGCCAGAGAUCGCUGAUAGAAAGAAGUGGCAGCCAGAGAUCGCUGUUAGAAAGAAGUGGCAGCCGGAGAUCGCUGAUAGAACGGAGCGGCAGCCAGCGAUCGCUCUUGUAACUAGAAAAAGACUGCAAGAGUGGCAGGAUACUUAGCCACAAAAUGCUUUGAAGAAUAUGAUGUGACAAAAACACGAAUCCUAUCGAUUGGGACUCUCUUAUUCCAAUAACUAUAAUUUAUAAGU